CCAUCAGUCGCAUUCUUCUGACGUCACGACGUGGCGCGGCAAGAUGACGCCUCUUUACCAGCCAACAUGGCGAAGAAGCAACGUGGGAAAACAACCUCGACCUCAAAGACAAAGGAUUUUGAUAAAGAAACGGAAAGUUUCGGCUCAAUGCUUUCGUCCAGUGACGACGAGGCGCCGGAAGAGGUGACCUUUGAAGACUCGAAGGCUCAGGCUUUGCGGAGCCUGAAGCAGGCGCUGGACACAGCCAGGAGGGAGAAGGAGCUGCUGAAGGAGAAGAGGAGGAAGAGACUGGAGUUAUUCCAGGAACAGAAGAAAAGGAAACUCCUGUCAGCUGACGUGUUGGAGGAAAUCGACUCGGCUCCUUCAAAGAAGCAGAAACAGUCCGAGGAUGAAGCGGGUGAGGAGGAGGAGGAGGAGGAGGGAGAGGAGGAGAGCAGGAAGAGGAAGAGGAGAGGGAAACUGGCACACACUCGGAAUCUACAGAGAAACUACACGGUGACCACGGUGACGGAGCGAGGGCCGACGUCCUUCCAGCAGCAGGCGGCCGAGGAGUUCGUCCAGUCCAGACUGUACGGACCAGGAAGCUGCAGGACCACAAGUAACGAGCUGCUCUCCCUCCAGAACAAGAAGGGGAGAAAUAAAAGUGCCGCAGUGCAGUUUGUCAAGAAAGACUGGGCCUGUAAGGAAAAAGCCAAAGCGGAGAAGCUGAAGAAGAGGUGGGUCCACAAGCAGCAGGUUCCCUCCUGAAGAAACCCUGGCAGCGCAGACUCCUUCUGCACCCUGACUUGAACACCAGCCGCUGAGGCUCGUUGACUCCGAGUUCGGAGAACAAAUUGUAUUGACUUAAUGUGGAUGCAUCAGCAGCUGGAAUCCGGUUCAUCGCCAGGAUCCAAGCAAAUGAUCUAAACGUAUCUGAGGACGAUGUGCGGGUGCAGCAGACUUCUCGUAUCUCUCAGAACCUGAACCGGAACACUUUUGGGUUCCUUUCAUUCACGCUGCGAAAACGUUUAAGGAGCAGAACUGACAACGCGGUUCUUCUGGAUUUUUAUCUGUAAGAAUCUGACGUUCUGCUCGGUCGUCUGUAACAUGACUGUGUUAAUAAAUGCUUACUUUGUACCACA